AGAAGAAGAAGAAGAUUGAGUGCGAUAUCUCUUCACACAGAACGUCUUUGACCAAGCCAUCAACAACGAAUGCUUUGGGGGAGAAGUGAGAGCAGUGACCGCUAGCUGCAUGUCAGCGAGAUAGAGAAGAGCUAGGAAGGGUAAUAUCUAAAGGGGGGUUGUGUACAGGGAUUUGGGCUGUAACAUUAUCUCUAGCUAUAUAGAUCCAAAAUAACGAUUGUAGCUAGCUACGACGAAUACGAGGGGACCACCACUCAACAGUGUAGCUAGCUAACGUUACCACGAUCUCCCGCAUUUUGAGCGAUCACCGUGUCUUCCAAUACGAUGGGGAACACUGCUACUGCCAAGAAAGGCAACGAGCUUGAGAGCGGUGAGUUGGGAUGGUCGCUGAGCAUUAUCAAUACUGCUAACGUUAGCAUGCUAACAUUUGCUAAUGUAAUGUUGACAUUUGCAAUAUUUUAUGGAGAACAGUUUUUUGACAAUCGGGAGUGUGCACAAGCUCACUUAUCCCUGAUGUUGUGCACAUUUACAUUAAUUACACCCUCCCCUACACAUUUUGCGAUGCAGGGUAUAGUAAUUAGUUUGUGAAUUAAUCCUAGGUAGCUAGCUAGCGACAAAUGAAUGUGUAGCUAAAUCAAAGAUGGUUUAGUAACUAUGUGGCUAAAUUGUUACAACCUGAUCCAGAUGCCUAUCUAGCUGCUAACAUUAUAGCUAGUUAGUAAGUUAGCUAGUGUGGGACGUUUUUAGCCCGUUCUCUAUUAUGUUGUCAGUGGCAACCUUUUUCGGGGCAGGGACUCACUUGGAUGGCUACUGUUAGUUAGCAACCAACGAACUAGUUCGCUAACGUUAUCUAGACAUGGGUAAUGUGAACUAUGUAACAACAAUGUUGCUAACUAGCUAUAUAGUUAUUACCGGGCAACCAAAACGCAAUUAUCAUGCAAGAUAAGAUUGUAGCUACCUAACGAUACCGGGGGAUUAGCUGGGAAAAGGCCUAACCAUAGCCUCUAUAUUGGUAUCUAGACAGAAUAGGUUGCUAGCUAGGUAGAUAGCUAGCUAUCGAGUUGUAUUGAAUGCCAUUCUGCUGUCAGGAGCUACCUAGGUAAGGUCAAUGAGAGCUAGUUUCAUGUCAGCGUUAGCUAACGUUAGCCACCACCAGGCCCGUGAGACAUCACCAAGCCAGAGUAAUGUUUAAUGCCAGCUACUGUAGCAGUAACGUUAGCUUUAUAGCCAGUCAGCUAAAGUCUUGACCAUUUGACGGAUGGCGGUCUCACGUUCUUAUUGAGUAGUUAUGAAGGCCUGUUGUUUUGCUAUUGCAUUUGUAGGUUCCAGAGAGCUGUUUUAGCUAAUUUGUAAUCUUACUAGCUAAAGUAAAGAUAUGAUUUAUUAGCAACCAGAAGUUCACUGCACUCCAAUGCUGCAAAUAUAAACGGUAUACUUUUUAUUUAUUUAUUACAUGUUAGAUUAACCACACUAAGGAUAAGUAGUUUGAGGAUAAGUAGUUGUUUUCAGUGAUCAGGCUCUGCCUCUACCUCCACAUCUCAGUCUUGAGGUGCUACAUAUAUACAGCUUUCCCUCUACCCCCUUGCGCACAGCUAAACAGUGACCAAAUAUGGUGAAGAAAUGACAAAUGCCCUCUUCCCAUUCAUAAAACCAGGCCCGUAAUACAACCUCCCCAAGUGAUUUAUCUCACAAGUAUUUUUUGUCUUUGUUUAAUCUUAGUGAUGUGAAGGUCCACACAGACACAGAUACACACAUACACAGCACAGUUUGUCAUUGACUGGAAGGGCUUGUCAUCAGACCUUCGUCAGAGGAUAAGGGGUAUUACAAGCUUUGACGCAACUAGCCCUGGGGUUGUAUUAAUUGGUAAUGGUACGCUUAUGACGUACGUAUGCUGUUAAUCAAUGCACAGCAUACUGUGAUAAAACUUAAAUGUUUCCCCAUGAAGGCCUAUACAGUCAGGAAUAUGGAGACAUUGGUUUGUGUACAGAUCUACAUUUGUGUGGAUUGCAUGCAGCAAAGUAAUCUCACGCAAGUGAGUCCAGGAAAUGUGACUGACUUCCAUCCACUUCACUUUUUGUAGACUAAAAUGUAUGGUCAUAUUUUAACAUGAAACAUAUUUAUAAUAGGUAGCACUUUAAUGCAUCUGGGUUGUUUAAAAGCUUUGUCACUUUAUGAUGCUGUUAAUCUGCUCAUAUGAGAUUUAUUGAACUGUUGGAAGAGACCAGGCAGAGGCACAUGAACCUGGCCAGCCUCUGGUAUCUUCCCAGUUUCAGGAAUCAACCAAUGUUCUUUGAUCUGAUCAGUGCAACCAAAGCCUGCACUGUGCUGUCUGUUUUCCUGCUAGUGUUGACAUGACAUGAGCCCCAGUCUCCCAAGCUUCUAGUGUUAAACCUGUCUAAGCUGAUACAGUUCCCUGAGCUGCUGCUGCUGCUACAGAUUUGUCUGGCCUGUUGCUGUUCACAGAGCCAGCAACCUGGUUCCUGAUAAUAGCCAAUGUGUGUGUUGCGCUAGCCUGCUAACCACCUCAGCACCUUUGACUCAUUGUCUUGGCUCUUGGGAGAUGUCAAAACACUCCCAGUUUGGCAGGUGCAUGCUGAAUAGGCUAAUUCUGAUACUGAAUUCUGAGGCUUGUUUUCACUGUUCCAUGUCACAGCCUUCCAUAUUUUUAAAUAUGUUAGCCUCACAUUUUCAAUGGAAAAUCAUUACAUUAGCCAACCAUGUUCUUGAAAUAUUAGCUUAGUGGUGCUCAUCUAUAAAAACUGUUCUGUACUACUGUACUCAGGUGUACGUUCUACUAUACAAUACUGGACUUGGUGUAACAGAUGUGAUCGCGGGCCUCCCGAGUGGCGCAGCGGUCUAAGGCACUGCAUCGCAGUGCUUGAGGAGUCACUACAGACCCGGUUUCGAUCCCAGGCUGUGUCGCCGCGACCGGGAGACCCAUGAGGCGGCGCACAAUUGGCCCAGCGCCGUCCGGGUUAGGGGAGGGUUUGGCCGGCUGGGAUAUCUUUGUCCCUUCACGCUCUAGCGACUCCUUGUGGCGGGCCUGGCACAUGCACGCUGACUUCGGUCGCCAGUUUCCUCCGACACGUUGGUGCAGCUGGUUUCCGGGUUAAGCGAGCAGUGUGUCAAGAGGCUCUCGACCUUCGCCUCUCCUGAGUCCGUACGGGAGUUGAAGCGAUGGGACAAGACUGUAACUACCAAUUUGGAUAUCACGAAAUUGGGGAGAAAAAGGGGUAAAAAUAAAUAAAUACAGAUUUUAUCGUACUUCUUAACUCUUGUGUUGUGUAAUAAAUAAAUAAAUAAUUUCUAGACAACGAUCCCAGUUGAUUGUUGUUUAUUCCUGUGACAAUAGACAAAGGACAGCACAUCAGAUGUGCAUAGCUUGAUGAUGUUGAUGGCUGCAGAUUUUAGCAUGGAAACAACUGUGUAUUAGCUGGGAGCUAAUGCGACCAUUACAUUUUAUAACAUGCUAGCUAAAUCACUUGUACAGCAAUAACAUGCAUACAAAAGCACAUCACUGGAAGCCCCCAAUAUCUAACGGGUACUGUACACGUGUGUGUGUGUGUGUGUGUGUGUGUGUGUGUGUAUAUAUACAUCAGGAAAUGUACAUAGUGAACCCGUACAAAUUGUACAUUCGUAAAUAGAAUACAUUAUUUCACAACGUGACCUACCUCUUGCAUGAAUUAUCAGACUGGGAAGAAUUUACGUUCGCGAUCUCCCCCUAUCUGCAAGCCUAGCCAAUGACAUUACACCUUAUUGACAUCUGACUUGAACCAACCGGUUAGAAUACAUAAACAUUAAAUACACAUUUCUGCAGUGGUAAGUGGAAACAUAACCGUUACAUUAGCCUAGGUUGGAUUCACAUUCUGUACAGUAAACCAUAACCAGCUCUGGUGCCUUGUCAAAAAUGUAAACAUUUACAUUAGCUACGUGGUCGUAUAUUGUCUUCUUGAAUGUCAUACAAUACAGUAGGGCAGGGAUGAUACCAGUAUCGCGAUACUCCGUAGCAUCGUGGCAAGGAAACAAAACAUGAAGUGGAUGUACUUCUUUAGGGAAACAGCCCUAAUGUUGAAAAUUAACAUACUUAUGUUGUCAUCCAGAAUCACAUGGACAGUGGGGAGAACAAGUAUUUGAUACACUGCCGAUUUUGCAGGUUUUCCUACUUACAAAGCAUGUAGAGGUCUGUAAUUUUUAUCAUAGGUACACUUCAACUGUGAGAGAUGGAAUCUAAAACAAAAAUCUAGAAAAUCACAUUGUAUGAUUUUUAAGUAAUUAAUUUGCAUUUUAUUGCAUGACAUAAGUAUUUGAUACAUCAGAAAAGCAGAACUUAAUAUUUGGUACAGAAACCUUUGUUUGCAAUUACAGAGAUCAUACGUUUCCUGUAGAUCUUGACCAGGUUUGCACACACUGCAGCAGGGAUUUUGGCCCACUCCUCCAUACAGACCUUCUCCAGAUCCUUCAGGUUUCGGGGCUGUCGCUGGGCAAUACAGACUUACAGCUCCCUCCAAAGAUUUUCUAUUGGGUUCAGGUCUGGAGACUGGCUAGGCCACUCCAGGACCUUGAGAUGCUUCUUACAGAGCCACUCCUUAGUUGCCCUGGCUGUGUGUUUUGGGUCGUUGUCAUGCUGGAAGACCCAGCUUCGACCCAUCUUCAAUGCUCUUACUGAGGGAAGGAGGUUGUUGGCCAAGAUCUCGCGAUACAUGGCCCCAUCCAUCCUCCCCUCAAUACGGUGCACUCGUCCUGUCCCCUUUGCAGAAAAGCAUCCCCAAAGAAUGAUGUUUCCACCUCCAUGCUUCACGGUUGGGAUGGUGUUCUUGGGGUUGUACUCAUCCUUCUUCUUCCUCCAAACACGGCGAGUGGAGUUUAGACCAAAAAGCUCAAUUUUUGUCUCAUCAGACCACAUGACCUUCUCCCAUUCCUCCUCUGGAUCAUCCAGAUGGUCAUUGGCAAACUUCAGACGGGCCUGGGCAUGCGCUGGCUUGAGCAGGUGGACCUUGCGUGCGCUGCAGGAUUUUAAUCCAUGACGGCGUAGUGUGUUACUAAUGGUUUUCUUUGAGACUGUGGUCCCAGCUCUCUUCAGGUCAUUGACCAGGUCCUGCCGUGUAGUUCUGGGCUGAUCCCUCACCUUCCUCAUGAUCAUUGAUGCCCCACGAGGUGAGAUCUUGCAUGGAGCCCCAGACCGAGGGUGAUUGACCAUCAUCUUGAACUUCUUCCAUUUUCUAAUAAUUGCGCCAAAAGUUGUUGUCUUCUCACCAAGCUGCUUGCCUAUUGUCCUAUAGCCCAUCCCAGCCUUGUGCAGGUCUACAAUUUUAUGCCUAUUGUCCUUACACAGCUCUCUGGUCUUGGCCAUUGUGGAGAGGUUGGAGUCUGUUUUGAGUGUGUGGACAGGUGUCUUUUAUACAGGUAACGAGUUCAAACAGGUGCAGUUAAUACAGGUAAUGAGUGGAGAACAGGAGGGCUUCUUAAAGAAAAACUAACAGGUCUGUGAGAACCGAAAUUCUUACUGGUUGGUAGGUGAUCAAAUACUUAUGUCUUGCAAUAAAAUGCAAAUUAAUUACUUAAAAAUCAUACAAUGUGAUUUUCUGAAUUUUUGUUUUAGAUUCCGUCUCUCACAGUUGAAGUGUACCUAUGAUAAAAAUUACAGACCUCUACAUGCUUUGUAAGUAGGAAACACUGCCGAUUUUGCAGGUUAUCAAAUACUUGUUCUCCCCACUGUGUUUAUUUUCCAAGCUGUAGCACACAAUCUUUUACAUACAGCAGGUUUUUUAAGUACCAAAGAGUUUGGUCUGCUUUGGGUUUUCAUUUUUGCCAUGGAACAAAUAUUGUGAUACUGGUAUUGUUCAGGCCAUACAGUAUAGUCUACUUGUCAGGCCAGGGUAAUGUGGGAUAUUUAGGGGUUCAACACACAGAGUAGCCUAUAUAAAAAUAACUUCACAUUGAUUGAAGCAUUCUGUGUACUACAGUAGAUCUUUGUAUUUGUACAGAAUUUUCCAUACGAUCCUAGUCACGUAAUUUUGUCAUGUAUGUUGUGACUUUUUCAUACCCACAGGAGUCCGUUUAAUAACCUUUCUUAUUACAGUCUUGUGUUUUUCUGUGUCAAACUAAAUCACAGGAUUAGAAUGACAACUCUCUCUCUUACUGUCUCUUUCCUUCGCUGUCAACUUCUGUUGUUCUUCACUGCAUAUGGUCCAUGUUUGUUGAUCUGAUAUACUUGUUAGUACAUAAAUCUAUCUCUCUCUGUCUUUCUUCCACAUCAUCCCAUCCAUGUGGGUGAUUGUUCCUGCAAAUCCUUGGGUGAUCUAUAGAGACUUUUGGUAUGCCCAUUCUUCCACUAGAUGCCCAAAAUGACAGAAGUCCGAAGUUCUGAACCUUGCAUGCAUUGAUUCUAUUGUAAAUGAACCCAAUCUUGGCUUGUAGUAGAGGUUCACUAUAUGCUUCGAUCUAUGUUCUGCCAAAACCAUUACCUAAACCUGUAUGUUUUUGUCAUCUGCAUUCUGUCAUUCUGGAUAUCUGCUAUGUUUUUCCAUGUAUGUUGGUUUGUCCUUGCUCGUCAAAAACAAUGCUGCGAGUGUCAAAGCCUUUCCCUGAACAGUAUUAGGCCCUAAUGCACAGUCAGUGCAGAAAGAAAGUGAUGCUCAAGAGCUCUUCAUGCUUCAUGAGAGACCAGUCUCUCCUCCUGUCUUAGUGAAUUCUUACAUCCCCCUCUCCAUUUAAAAAAGAGAAACAUGACAUAGUGCUCUUGGCAUCACUUCUUACUUAGACUGCCUGUCUUGGUUGGUGUGUGUGUGUUUUUUGUAUCAUUAGAAACAGAACUGUUUUGUUGUUGCGUUUCCCUUUACUCCGUACAUGUAUUUUGUGGAUGUUCAAUGCAGAUGGGCAUUUGGUUAGUUAGACCUUACCUGUCUUUGUCGCCAUUAAGUCCCACUUCAUACUGAUUUUGUCACUAUUGAUCCCCAGCACUGUUCUAGAAUUCCCACAUAAGGUUCCAUUAAGAUUUCCUUUGUACUUUGUUGCCCGCUCCAUGCAAUCCAAAGUCAUUAAAUAGGAAUCAAUCAUUAUGCAUUGACCGACAAUUCCUUCCGGUGGGCUAAUUGUGCCUGUGUUUCUACCUUUCUUCCAUACAGUGAAAGAGUUUCUAGCCAAAGCCAAAGAAGACUUCUUACGGAAAUGGGAAUGUCCACCACAGGUGAGAUGUUUUCAGUGCUCAGAGGCCUUGCCUGGAGCUACAAAUCCAGGGUUUGGGGACUCUUUCUCAUUUACUUUUUCUGCUAUUCCUCACAUUCUAUCUCUUGGCCUUCUCAACCGUAUUGGGGGAGAAGGUCCAAGGUCCUUCACCAAUGUGUUUUGAGAGUGGAUGUGAAGAAUAUCUAAGUUGAACUGAGUAAAAGCCUUGGACUGCUGCUGUGGUCUAUCCAUUAGGUAGGCCUAAUCCACUUCCUAUGAUUUGUGUUACCCAUUCCAGAGCACGACGGGCCUAGAUGACUUUGACAGGCUAAAGACCCUGGGUACAGGCUCAUUCGGAAGAGUCAUGCUGGUCAAACAUAAAGGAACAGAGCAGUUCUUCGCCAUGAAAAUACUGGACAAACAAAAGGUGGGUGCCCAGUGGAAAAUAGCUGGCCUUUUGUAACAUAUUGCAGGAUGGGUAACUCAUGUAUAUUUGCGCAGACUUGGCAAUUUAUCACCUUGCUACGGGAAGAGGAUGAAGAGAUGCUAUUUUAGGGGAUAAAAGGGGGCAACAAGUGCAAAGCCGUGGUCGAGUGGGUAACAUUCCCGGCAGCAAGCACAUGUAUGCAUCCCUAAUGAAAACCAGGGUUCAAUCUCUGUCUCCCCCCUUCCACCUAUGUCUCCCUCAGUGGAGGCUGCAGAGGGGAGGACAGCUCAUAAUAAUGGCUGGAACGGAGCGAAUAGAAUGGCAUCAAACCAUGUGUUUGAUGUAUCUGAUACUAUUCCGCUCUAGCCAUUAUCACACGCCCGUCCUCCCCAAUUAAGGUACCACCAACCUCCUGUGGUCUCUCUCCAUACUCCCAUCCCAUCAGUUUUCACCUGUCUAAAUGAAGCAUUCAAAAUAUACUAAAAGAUAGCGUGCAAUUCCACUCCCUUUAAAAUAAAAAUAAAAGGGGGCAACAAUGAUAUAAAACACUGUAGAUGUUAUAUGGUAGCAUAACAUAAGUACUGUAUCAUUGUGUAGUGUAAUGUCUGCCUGGCUCCUCCCAUCACUAGCACACAUAUGAUCUGACCUGUGAGUGUCUGGAUUAUUAUUAUAUCAUUUCUCUUUUAAUUACUGACAUUUUAAAAGCUGCCCCCCUCCCCCAACCUCUGUACUGUUUUGUCAUGCCAUCACUAACAGUAAACAAAAAUGUAAUUUGUCGGUCAAGACAGUUGUCUGAUGAUCACUUCUUUGUCUAUUAGGUGGUGAAACUCAAGCAAAUAGAACACACGCUAAACGAGAAGAGAAUAUUGCAGGCUGUGUCUUUUCCCUUCCUCGUCAGACUUGACUAUGCCUUCAAGGUACAGUUCACACAAAAAAAGGCUUAUAGUGUUUUUCAAUCUGGCCAUUGAGAUCUGGCCUCUUUAUUAGGCUAUUCAGUUAUUAUCAUCUCAGUAUCUGUAUGGAUUUGUUUACAUCUGUUUGUGUCCCUCCACAGGACAACUCCAAUUUGUACAUGGUGAUGGAGUACGUUCCAGGAGGAGAGAUGUUCUCACAUCUAAGACGAAUCGGAAGGUUCAGGUGAGUGUCUGUCUGCUGAACUUUCUGUGCCUCAAUACAAAACAAGGUUGAUUCCAGAUUGUUUAUAGAUGAUUGUUGAUUGAAAAUGUAUAUUUUGGAUAAUUUUGUAACCUAUACUUUGUUUAUUUCAGUGCUUAUGUAGUUGGUAGUUAAUUAAAACUCUUCAUUUUCUGCCAUUAUAUCAUCAGUUAAAUGGGUUCUUCUGUCUUUUCUUCCAUCACAGUGAACCACACGCACGGUUUUAUGCAGCCCAGAUAGUACUGACGUUUGAGUACCUCCAUUCACUUGACCUUAUCUACAGAGAUCUGAAGCCUGAGAACCUUCUAAUCGAUCACCACGGCUACAUCCAGGUAUGUGGGACAGGUGCUUGAAGUGGAUCAUUUUUAUUUUACAGCACCACUGUUCAAAUUUUAGAGCCACUAUUUCAUAAGAGAUGCUGGUAUUCGAGCAGUAGAACAUUUGAGGUGCCAGUACUGUAUACCGGUGAGCACAGACCCAACUCGAGCACUGUGCGUGACACAUCACUCCCUGUGGACUGUACUGUAGUGUUGGGUUAUAUUUUCUCUGCUAUGUUGCUUUACUGACUGUACAUGUUCUUGAUGGUCAGGUGACCGACUUUGGAUUCGCAAAGAGGGUAAAAGGCAGAACCUGGACGUUGUGUGGAACUCCAGAGUACCUGGCACCCGAGAUCAUCCUCAGCAAGGUGGGAGUCCUCACACACACACAAAAACACACACACAGUACAUGAAAUUACUCCAUUUGAAGACAUGGAACAUAAUUUGUUGCCCUGGAUUAGAUAUGUGACUAUGAACUACAUUGUCAUUGUGCUUUGUGUAGGGUUACAACAAAGCAGUGGACUGGUGGGCCCUGGGGGUCCUUAUAUAUGAGAUGGCUGCUGGAUACCCUCCCUUCUUUGCUGACCAGCCCAUUCAGAUCUAUGAGAAGAUUGUGUCUGGAAAGGUAAGGACAAGUCCAUUUUACAACCUGGCCAACCCAUUUCACCUGCAGUUUAACACAUUUUGAACACCUGUCUUGUUCUCAUUAAGUAAGCUGAACUCAGUGGGAGUUAACUGUCCAAUGAAGGCUUGUCUGGCUUUUGGCUUAUGUUUGUUGUGAAAGCCUCUUCCGUCUUAAAUCAAUCACUUGCUUUAGAGGGCUAACGAGGAGCAAAUGUACAUUUGUCAAUACAUCACCAUUUAGACAAACCUUAACAUGUGUCCCCCUGUAGGUCCGCUUCCCAUCCCACUUCAGCUCUGACCUGAAGGACCUGCUGAGGAACCUGCUGCAAGUGGACCUGACCAAACGCUACGGCAACCUGAAGAACGGCGUCAACGACAUCAAGGGACACAAGUGGUUCGCCACAACGGACUGGAUCGCCAUCUACGAGAGGAAGGUACGUCAAGGCUAUGUUGGAAGAUGAGGACAAUCAAUGCAAAGUUAAAUUGCUCUUUAUAACACCUAACUUUUAUGAAACACACUAUUUUAUUGAUAUCCAGUAGCACUUUCUUGAGCAUUGUAGGAUUGGGCCAUUUUUACGAUUGCAUGUUCACCUUUUCUGCCCCAGAGUAGCGAACUCAGCAGGAUGAUGGACUUGUAAAUGUUGACAGAGGUUUGUAGUCUGUCCAUCCUUUGGCCUGAUAAACUUUUUGCAUAUUCUGCAAGUGGCUUCGGUCUGCUGGCUCACCUUUAUUAUUUGGCCUGAAACCGAACAACUGCCAAACAGGCGAAGAUGUGCUUUUUUCCCCCCCACCAAGUCAGCCAUCGUUUUUUUCUGAUUUAGCUUAAGGCAGGCUAUACUAUAGUUACUAAGGGAAAUCCCUUCACAGUCAAACUGUCGGAAAGUAGCCUUAUCAUUUUAAAUUUUAGUAAUUUAGCAGAUGCUCUUAUCCAGCGCGACUUACAGUUAGUGAGUACAUACCUUAUGGAGAAAGAAUGUCGCAAAUGCACUUACUCAGAUGAUCAAGAUGAAAUAACAAUAGCCUACACUUGAUGUGGCUUUAAUAUUCAUUUUUUUUAAUGUAGGCUAAUAUAACUGAUAUCCGAGUAUUUUUAUGGACAAGAGAAACAAGCCCUACCGAUUUGAUACUCAUUCUGCAGCCUAGACUAGAUUAAAAAAAUAACUAGGCCUAACACUUGUUUUGAACAAUGAUUUAAUUAGAUUGUUUGUGGCUUUUGUAACAAUUUAAAUGAAAAUAAUGACAUUAUGCACCAAAUCACAGUUCUGGUAUGUGUCCUUUAUAUUGCGUUCUUUCCGCCAAUUGACCCCUCUGAAGAAAAACAUUUGACGAUACUAUCGUAUAUCAACGAUGUUUGGACAGGACGAUGGGAUGAUGUCAUUACAGACAUUGCCCAACCCUAGAGCAUUGUGAUCUUGCAACAAUAGUCUUUAUGGAGUCAUAAUAAUGUUUUCUAUUUGACUCACUAGAAUAACUUCAUAAAGUAGUUUGCUGAAAGGAGGCCUUACCUAGGCAUCUCUAGAAGAACUGGCUUUGUUUCCUCUAAGGCAAACUCCCUCACUCUGCUCCUGGUUGUGCUGCUCUCUGUGUUUUCAGGUGGAAGCCCCGUUCAUACCAAAGUGUCGAGGCGCUGGAGACACGAGCAACUUCGACGACUACGAGGAGGAGGAGAUCCGCGUCUCCGUAACGGAAAAAUGCGCAAAGGAGUUUUCCGAGUUUUAG